GAAGGGGAGGAGUUGAGUAGCACCACAUGCCUUAGGCUAUAAAUCUGGGGUGACCCAUCUUCAGACUGAGCCGAAGGACUUACUAGGUCAGAGGGAUCCCAGAAGCGGACAAGCAUGCCGGCAAAACCAGCCCCGAUAAAGAAGUCGGCUAAGGCCGCCAAGAAGGAGGAACCGGCACCCGCACCUGCACCCGAACCAGCGCCCGAGCCCGCUCCCGCACCCGAGCCCGCCCCCGCUGAACCAGCCCCCGCCGAACCUGCCCCCGCCGAAGCCGCUCCAGCGGAGGAAGCCCCAGCUGAAGGAGCCCCGGCGGAGGCACCUCCUGCUGAAGCCCCACCAGCCGAACCCGCUGCAGCUGAUGCAGAAGCUCCACCUGCUGAGGAAAUCAAAGCACCUACACCUCCUCCACCUGCAGAGCCCACCAGUGAGCCUCUCGAGCUCGGCGUUGAGGAUGUCAAUGACAUUUCCGUCACUAUCUCAUGGAGACCACCAGCCACCAUCGGAAACUCUGGUCUGGAUGGAUACACUGUGGAAAUCUGCAAGGAAGGAACUGGUGACUGGAAAGUCGCUAACGAGGAGCUGACUGUGUCCUGCCGUUACAUCAUUAAGAACCAGACCGCCGGUGACCGCCUGAACAUCAGGGUGGUGGCCGUAAACCCUGGCGGCCGCAGCCCUCCUGCCACUCUGGCCGACGCUGUCCUGGUCAGAGAGGUUGUGGCUUACCUGCAGGGCAAACCGCAACCUGUUGUGUCAUGGACAAAGGAUGACCAGCCUCUGGAUACUAAAAAGGUGAACAUCCGCAACAGCGACAAGGACAGCAUCUUCUUCAUCCGUGCCGCCGAGAGAGCCGACUCCGGCGUGUAUGAGAUGUGUGUGAAAGUGGACAGCUUUGAGGACAAAGCCCAGUUGACUCUGCAGAUUGUUGAGUUGGCUGGACCUCCAGCCAGCGUCAAGAUCGUGGACUCCUGGGGUUUCAAUGUUGCUCUGGAAUGGACCGAACCCAAGGAUAAUGGAAAUACAGCAAUCACUGGAUACAGCAUCCAGAAGGCUGACAAAAAAACAGGGGACUGGUUCACAGUACUGGAGCAUUAUCACAGAAUGAAUGCCACUGUUUCAGACCUGAUCAUGGGUAACACCUACAUCUUCAGGGUCUUCACUGAGAACAAGUGUGGAAUCAGUGAAGAAGCCACUGCUACAAAGACCUCAGCCACCAUCCAGAAGACAGGUAUUGACUACAAGCCUCCAGAGUACAAGGAACACGACUUCAGCGAGGCACCCAAAUUCACCACCCCCCUGGCAAACCGCAGCACUACUGUUGGCUAUAACACCAAGCUGCUUUGCUCCGUUAGGGGAUUCCCUAAGCCCAAGAUCGAGUGGAUGAAGAAUCAGAUGAUUAUUGGUGACGACCCCAAGUUCAGGCAAAUUAACAACCAGGGCAUCUGCUCCCUAGAGAUCCGCAAGCCCGGCAACUUUGACGGUGGCGUAUACGCCUGCAGGGCCAGGAACCCGCACGGAGAGGCCUUGGUUACCUGCAAACUGGAGGUUAAACCUCAAUGGAAAGAGUACCAUUAG